ACCCAAACCUGAGGAAGAAAAAAAGAAAAAAAAAAAGAAAAAAAAAAAAAGAAAAGAAAAUUAAAAGAAACAAAUAAAGAAAAAAAAUGAAAUUGGAAAAAAUAAUAGGAAAAAAAGGGGGGCAAAGGGGAAAAAUCGUCUAGGGUUUGACUGAAAAAUUUUGCGAAUCGCUUGCGAAAAACUCUGAAGAACACAGGAGGAGUGGGAGUUGAAUCGACAAUUCCGUCAACUUCGCUUCUCUUUCUCAGCUCGGCAACAAAAAAACGGAAAAAAAAAAAAAACAAGAAGGAAAAAAAAAUCCCCCAUCGUUACCACACUGCCCCCACACCCCGAAAAUUCCGCAUUUUUCUAGAGAGAGAAACUUCGCGGAACCUAUUAGUGAGAGAAAAGAUUUUGAGCUGUGAGUUUUUUUUUUUUGUUCUUUUUUGGAACGUUGGGAUCGGAGGGCCCAGAUAGGGUUUUUGCGAAAUUUGGAGGGAUUUUUUUUUUCUUUUUUUUAUUUAUUUGGGUUUUGGGCUUUUUUUGGGUUUUUAUUUUUUAUUUUUACUUUUUGUUUUUUCUUAAUUUGGUAGGCAUUUUGUGAAUUUUCUUGGGUGAUCAGGGGUUCUUGUUUGUUUGGCCCGAAUUUGGUAUAAUUCGAAUGCAAUCUGCUGGUGGUGGUGGUGGUGGGCCCAGCCGGAAUCCGGGGACGGGACCGGCAGGGAGGGCAGCAUCGACUUCAUCGGCUGCGUCACCGUCUUCGUCGUCAUCUGCAGUGUCGGCGCCACACUUGGGUUUUGAUCCCAUACAGCAGCAGCAGCAGCAACAACAACAGCAGCAGCAGCAUCAGCAUCAGCAACAGCAACAGCAACAGCAGCAGCAGCAAAUAGGGUCUAGGCAGUUACUAAGAAAACCUGAUGGGAAUGAAGCCCUUCUAGCGUAUCAAGCUGGCAGUCUUCAAGGAGUUUUGGGAGUUAGCAAUUUUUCUUCAUCUCCCACUGCUAUGCAACUGCCUCAACAAUCAAGGAAAUUCUUUGAGUUGGCUCAACACCAUGGUUCCUCCCAGGAAGGUCAGAAUAGGAGUCAAGGGGCUGAGCAGCAAAUGCUAAAUCCAGUUCAUCAAGCUUAUCUUCAAUAUGCUUUUCAGACUGCACAACAGAAGUCAGCUUUGGCAAUGCAAUCACAGCAGCAAGCUAAAAUGGGAUUGUUGGGACCUCCAUCUGGAAAGGAUCAGGAUAUGCGAAUGGGAAAUAUGAAAAUGCAAGAACUCAUUUCUAUGCAUGCAGCUAGUCAGGUACAAGCAUCGUCAUCCAGGAAUUCAGAACAGGUUGCUCGUGGAGAGAAGCAGAUGGAGCAAGGACGGCCACCAGCUUCUGACCAAAGGGGUGAGUCUAAACCAUCAAUCCAGCCAGCAGUCAUUGGACAAUUAAUGCCUGGAAAUAUCAUAAGACCUAUGCAGGUUCCACAGUCUCAGCAAACCUUGCAAAACAUGGCAAAUAACCAGCUUGCAAUGACUCAGCUGCAGCUAGUUCAGGCAUGGGCACUUGAGCAUAACAUUGAUCUUUCACAACCUGGAAGUGCCAAUUUGGUGGCACAGCUUAUUCCACUUGUACAAUCUAGGAUGGCUAGUCAACAAAAAGCAAAUGAAAGCAAUAUGGGUGCACAAUCAUUGUCUGUCCCAGUGUCAAAGCAGCAAGUUACUUCUCCUCCAGUUGCAAGUGAAAAUUCGCCUCAUGCUAAUUCGUCUAGUGAUGUAUCUGGGCAGUCAGGACCGGCAAAAGCCAAGCAGACGGUUUCACCUGUCCCUUUUGGCUCAACAUCUAACGCUGCUAUUGUUAGCAAUAGUAACAACAUGACAGUUCAGCAGUUUGCUUCUCAUGGCAGAGAGAAUCAAGUGCCUCCUAGACCUUCAGUUGUAUCUGGAAAUGGAAUGCCUUUAAUGCAUCCCCCGCAGUCAUCUCCAAGUACGUCCCAGGGUAUGGACCACUCUUUGCAUGCGAAAAAUCCAUUAAGCAGCUCGGAAAGUAUGCAAAUGCAAUACAUUAGGCAGUUGAAUAGAUCUUCUCCACAAGCUGCUGCUGCUGCUGCUACCGUUGACAGGGCUUCAGGCAGCCACGUCCAGUCACAAGGUGGACCAGCUAGUAACAUGUCACAACAGCGAUUUGGGUUUACCAAACAACAACUGCAUGUUCUUAAAGCACAGAUACUAGCAUUUAGGCGAAUUAAGAAAGGAGAAGGUAGUCUUCCACAAGAGCUUCUUCGGGCUAUAGCUCCACCACCAUUGGAGCUGCAGCUGCAGCAGCAAUUUCUUCCUGGUGGAGGAAACAAUCCUGAUAAAUCUGCUGGGAAGGUUGUAGCAGACCGUGCAAGACAUAUGGAAUCAAGUGAAAAAGAUGCACAGUCUGUGGCAUCAGUUAAUGAACAAAAUAUUUCAAAAGAAGAAGCAUUUACAAGAGAUGAUAAAGCAUCUGUAUCAACUGGUCAUGUGCAGGGUACACCAGUAAUGAUGAAGGAACCUGGACCAGUUGUUUCUUCUGGAAAAGAAGAGCAGCCUACUGUUUUUCCUGUCAAGUCAGACCAUGAAGUUGAACGUGUUGCCCAAAAAGCUCCUGUUAGAAGUGAUAUACCAGUAGAUAGGGGAAAAGCUGUUGCACCUCAGGUAGCUGUGUCUGAUGCAAUGCAAGUUAAAAAACCUUCACCAACAAACACGGCAUCCCAGUCAAAAGAUUCUAUCUCUGCCAGAAAGUAUCAUGGGCCUCUAUUUGAUUUUCCCUUCUUCACUAGGAAACAUGAUUCCUUUGGUUCAGGAAUGUUGGUAAACAACAACAACAAUCUAACAUUGGCAUAUGAUGUCAAAGAUCUUCUUUUUGAGGAAGGUGUGGAAGUGCUUAACAAGAAGAGGACAGAAAAUAUAAAGAAGAUUGGAGGUUUACUGGCUGUAAAUUUGGAAAGGAAAAGGAUUAGGCCAGAUCUUGUGGUGCGGUUGCAGAUUGAAGAGAAAAAACUUAGACUUUUAGAUCUACAGACACGAUUAAGGGAUGAAAUAGAUUUACAGCAGCAGGAGAUAAUGGCAAUGCCUGAUAGGCCCUAUAGGAAAUUUGUGAGAUUGUGUGAGCGCCAGCGCAUGGAGCUUGCUAGACAAGUGCAGGUGUCUCAGAAAGCCAUGAGAGAUAAGCAGCUGAAAUCCAUUUUUCUAUGGCGUAAAAAACUUCUUGAGGCUCACUGGGCCAUACGAGAUGCACGUACUGCUCGCAACCGGGGAGUUGCUAAAUAUCAUGAAAGAAUGUUGAGGGAGUUUUCAAAGAGAAAGGAUGAUGAUCGUAACAAAAGGAUGGAAGCAUUGAAGAAUAAUGAUGUCGAUAGGUAUAGAGAGAUGUUACUGGAACAACAGACUAACAUUCCAGGGGAUGCAGCAGAGAGAUAUGCUGUUCUCUCAUCAUUCUUGUCUCAGACAGAAGAAUAUCUACAUAAACUGGGAGGUAAAAUAACAGCUGCCAAGAAUCAGCAGGAAGUGGAGGAGGCAGCAAAUGCUGCUGCAUCUGCUGCACGAUUGCAGGGUCUCUCAGAGGAAGAAGUUAGGGCAGCAGCUGCUUGUGCUGGUGAGGAGGUGAUGAUAAGAAAUCGGUUUAUGGAAAUGAAUGCACCCAGAGAUAGCUCAUCUGUUAACAAGUAUUACAAUCUUGCACAUGCUGUUAAUGAAAGGGUCUUAAGGCAGCCCUCCAUGUUACGAGCUGGAACCCUAAGAGACUAUCAGCUUGUUGGGUUGCAGUGGAUGCUUUCGUUGUAUAACAACAAAUUAAAUGGAAUUUUGGCUGAUGAGAUGGGCCUUGGAAAGACUGUACAGGUAAUGGCAUUGAUUGCUUAUUUGAUGGAGUUCAAAGGGAACUAUGGCCCACAUCUCAUAAUAGUUCCAAAUGCUGUUUUGGUGAAUUGGAAGAGUGAGCUCCAUAAUUGGCUGCCAUCUGUGUCAUGCAUCUAUUAUGUUGGUGGGAAGGAUCAACGAUCAAAAUUAUUUUCUCAAGAGGUCUGUGCUUUGAAGUUCAAUGUCCUUGUGACAACUUAUGAAUUCAUCAUGUAUGAUCGUUCAAAACUUUCAAAAAUAGAUUGGAAAUACAUUGUAAUUGAUGAAGCACAAAGGAUGAAGGACAGAGAAUCAGUUUUGGCACGUGAUCUUGAUAGAUAUCGUUGCCAGAGGCGUCUGCUUCUCACUGGGACACCAUUGCAGAAUGAUUUGAAGGAACUCUGGUCACUUUUGAAUCUUCUUCUUCCUGAGGUAUUUGAUAAUCGUAAAGCAUUUCAUGACUGGUUCUCAAAACCCUUCCAAAAAGAAGGCCCUACACCGAGUGCAGAAGAUGACUGGCUAGAGACUGAAAAGAAAGUUAUCAUCAUCCACCGACUUCAUCAAAUAUUGGAGCCAUUUAUGCUGAGACGGCGUGUUGAAGAUGUGGAGGGUUCACUUCCACCAAAGGUUUCCGUAGUUCUAAGAUGUAGAAUGUCAGCUAUCCAGAGUGCUAUUUAUGAUUGGAUCAAAUCUACUGGUACUCUUCGAGUUGAUCCUGAAGAUGAGAAGCGCAGGGUUCAGAAAAAUCCAAUUUACCAGGCUAAGGUGUAUAAAACCUUAAAUAACAGGUGCAUGGAGCUGCGAAAAGCUUGUAAUCAUCCUUUGCUUAAUUACCCUUAUUUCAAUGACUUUUCGAAAGAUUUUCUGGUGAGAUCUUGUGGGAAAUUGUGGAUCCUAGAUCGGAUACUUAUUAAACUUCAGAGAACAGGGCAUCGAGUACUGCUUUUCAGUACCAUGACAAAACUCCUUGAUAUAUUGGAGGAAUAUUUGCAGUGGCGGCGACUUGUCUAUAGGCGAAUUGAUGGAACAACUAGUUUAGAAGAUCGUGAAUCAGCCAUAGUGGACUUCAAUAGUCCUAAUACAGACUGCUUUAUCUUUUUGCUUAGUAUUCGUGCUGCUGGUCGGGGUCUUAAUCUUCAGACUGCUGAUACUGUGAUAAUAUAUGAUCCUGAUCCAAAUCCUAAAAAUGAAGAACAGGCAGUUGCUAGAGCCCACCGCAUUGGACAGACGAGAGAAGUCAAAGUCCUUUAUAUGGAAGCGGUUGUUGACAAAAUCUCUAGCCAUCAAAAAGAAGAUGAACUGCGAAGUGGAGGUACAGUUGAUUCGGAGGAUGACCUUGCUGGUAAGGAUCGAUACAUUGGGUCUAUUGAGGGCCUUAUCAGGAACAACAUUCAACAAUAUAAGAUAGACAUGGCUGAUGAGGUCAUCAAUGCCGGGCGUUUCGACCAGAGAACGACACAUGAGGAGAGACGCAUGACAUUGGAGACGUUGUUGCAUGAUGAGGAGAGGUAUCAAGAAACUGUCCAUGAUGUUCCCUCACUGCAGGAGGUAAAUCGUAUGAUUGCUAGAAGUAAAGAAGAAGUUGAAUUAUUUGAUCAGAUGGAUGAUGAACUGGAUUGGACUGAGGAGAUGACAAGCUAUAACCAGGUACCUAAGUGGCUUCGAGCCAGUACUAGAGAAGUAAAUGCCGCCAUUGCUAAUUUGUCAAAAAGGCCAUCAAAGACCUUAUUGGGUGGUAAUAUUGGUGUGGAAUCCAGUGAAAUGGGUUCUGAUUCAUCUCAAAAGACUGAAAGAAGAAGGGGGCGGCCCAAGGGUAAAAAGCAUCCUAAUUACAAGGAAUUGGAUGAUGAAAAUGGAGAAUACUCGGAAGCAAGUUCCGAUGAGAGGAAUGGAUAUUCUAUGCAUGAGGAAGAGGGAGAAAUUGGAGAAUUUGAAGAUGAUGAAUUUAGUGGUGCUGUUGGAGCACCACCUGUCAAUAAUGAUCAAGUGGAAGAAGAUGGUCCUGGUUGUGAUGGUGGAUAUGAAUAUCCUCGGGCUCCAGAAGGAAUGGGAACUAAUCACGUACUUGAAGAAGCUGGUUCUUCAGGGUCAUCCUCAGACAGUCGAAGAUUGACACAGAUGGUGUCUCCUUCAGUUUCUUCGCAGAAAUUCGGUUCUCUGUCUGCCUUAGAUGGUAGGCCAGGUUCUGUCUCAAAAAGGCUGCCGGAUGAUCUAGAGGAAGGGGAAAUUGCAGUAUCUGGAGAUUCUCAUAUGGACCACCAACAAUCUGGAAGUUUGAUAUAUGACCGUGAUGAGGCUGAAGAUGAACAAGUUUUGCAACCCAAGAUAAAGAGGAAGCGUAGUCUACGGGUUCGCCCUCGUCAUACUGUGGAAAGGCCAGAUGAAAAAUCUAACAAUGAGAUACCAUCUCUUCAACGUGGAGAUUCAUCACUGUUGCCAUUCCAAGUGGAACAUAAGUAUCAAUCACAGUUAAGGUCCGACUCUGAAAUGAAAACAUAUGGAGAUCCCAAUGCUAUAAAGCAUGAGCAAAGUGAUUCAUCCUCAAAAAAUAGGCGGAAUUUGCCUUCAAGGAGGAUAAGCAAUGCUUCAAAAUCACAUGCUUCACCAAAAGUUACAAGACUGAAUCCCUUGUCUGGUCCUGCUGAAGAUGCUACUGAACAUCCCAGAGAAAAUUGGGAUGGGAAAGCUGUAAAUUCAAGUAGUGCUUCGGUUUUAGGUGUGAAAAUGCCUGAAAUCAUUCAGAGAAGGUGCAAGAAUGUAAUUAGUAAGCUCCAAAGGCGAAUAGAUAAGGAAGGUCAUCAAAUUGUACCAUUGCUCAUGGAUUUGUGGAAGCGGAUUGAAAAUUCUGGUUAUAUGACUGGAUCGGGGAAUAAUCUCUUGGAUUUACGAAGGAUCGAUCAGCGUAUAGAGAGAUUAGAGUAUAGUGGAGUCAUGGAGCUGGUAUUUGAUGUGCAGUCGAUGUUGAAAGGUGCAAUGCAUUUUUAUGGGUUCUCACAUGAGGUAAGAUCUGAAGCCAGGAAAGUACAUGAUCUUUUCUUCGAUAUCUUGAAAAUUGCAUUUCCAGACACAGAUUUUCGAGAAGCCAGAAAUUCACUUUCAUUUUCUAGCCCCAUUUCUGCCGCUGCUGCUCCAUCCCCUAGGCAGGCAGCUGUUGGCCAAAGCAAGAGACAAAAGUUCAUAACUGAUAUGGAACCUGACCCUAAUCCUCCACAGAAGCCUCAGCAACGAGGACCUAUUAUUAGCGGUGAAGAAACAAGAUUGAGAGGCAUUAAGGAAUCGAGACAUGGAAGUGGAAGUAGCCGGGAGCAAUUUCAGCCGGAUGAUUCUCCCCUGCAUCCAGGAGACCUUGUAAUUUGCAAGAAGAAAAGGAAAGACAGGGAGAAGACUGUGGUUAAGGCGAGGACUGGAUCAGCUGGCCCUGUUUCACCCCCUAGUGUGGGUCGUAGCAUCAGAAGUCCAGUGUCUGGUUCAGCUGCAAAGGAGACGAGACUGACUCAACAAACCACUCAUUCACAAGGGUGGGCUAACCAGGCUGCUCAACCCGGAAAUGCAGCAGCAGCAGGGGGUUCUGUUGGUUGGGCAAACCCUGUAAAGAGAUUAAGGACAGAUUCUGGGAAGAGGAGGCCAAGCCAUCUAUGACAGUCAUAAAAGGGAAUAGAAUAAGGAUGUAUGUAAGAAUUUGUCACUUUUUGAGUACAGUGGCUGAGCUUAUUAGUGGCCAUUGUUUUGGUCUGUACAAGUUUAAAUUAGCCAAUUAUUGUUAAUAUAGUGUAGGUUUUUAAUGUCUUCCAUUUUAUGUUACAAAGCAGGCUAUUUCCAUGGAAUGCAAAUAGGGCCCUCUUGUCUCUGCCUCAUGACAAGGCUGUUCUGAUAGAUGAAGUCCUUGUGUAGAUAUUCACUUAUUGUUGUUAAUCUUCAACAUCUUUGACUUUUCUGAACUCUUGACCAUGUAAAUUUUGUUUCUCUUAUUCACAGAGGCUUUUGGAAUAUCCAAAAUUCUGACCAUUUCUGUCAAA